AACAAAUCAAGAAAGCCAAAAAGGGAAAGAAAAAAAAAAGUAGACCAAUUUUUUUUUUUUUUUGAUAGUUCCAUUAAAUUUACCAAGAGAUCGAUUUGAUGUGGUUUCCUGUCAUGAAGGUGUUCAACUUGCAAUUUUUAUGGUUUCUGGUAUUGCUUAAUGGGCUCUUCUUCCAUUGCCAUUCCUUGGCUCGUCAUAAGUUUGUGGUGAAGGAAACUCCAUACACAAGGCUCUGCAGCACAAAGAAAAUAUUGACAGUAAAUGGAAAAUUUCCUGGACCAACUCUCUAUGUUCACAAAGGUGAUACCGUAAUCGUCGACGUCUACAACAAAGGCAAAGAAAACAUCACCAUUCAUUGGCAUGGAGUAAAACAACCCAAGUACCCUUGGACAGAUGGUCCAGAGUAUAUUACACAGUGCCCUAUUCAACCCGGAGCAAAGUUUAGCCAGAAGAUUGUAUUGUCAACAGAAGAAGGAACCUUGUGGUGGCAUGCUCAUAGCGAUUGGUCACGUGCCACGGUUCACGGGGCGAUCGUCGUCCAUCCCAAGAAAGGCUCUGGCUAUCCUUUUCCUAAGCCUCAUGCUGAAGUGCCCAUAAUUCUAGGAGAGUGGUGGAAGAAAGAUGUGGAGGAAGUUUUGAAUAUGCUCCGUCGAACAGGAGGAGACCCGAACGUAUCUGAUGCUCUCACUAUCAAUGGUCAACCUGGAGAUCUCUAUCCCUGCUCCAAAUCAGAUACAUUCAAGCUCAUGAUGGAUCACGGAAAAACGUACCUACUCCGUCUAAUCAACGUUGGCAUGACUGACAUUAUGUUCUUCACUGUCUCAAAACAUCAACUCACGAUCGUCGGAACGGACGCUAGCUACACCAAACCACUAAAAGCAAAUUACAUAGCCAUAUCCCCUGGACAAACCAUCGAUGCCUUAUUGCAAGCCAACCAACCACUUGGUCAUUAUUACAUGGCCGCAAGGGUUUAUUCCAGCACAACCGGAGUUGCGUACGACAACACCACCACCACGGCAAUUAUCCAGUACAAAGGAAACUACUCUUCAUUUUCGCCCCCGCUGCUACCUUUCCUUCCACACUACAACGAUACGAACGCUUCCGUUAGCUUCACCGGCCGCCUUAGAAGCCUGGGAAGCGAAGAACAUCCGGUCCACGUCCCGCUAAACAUUUCAACGAAAUUACUUUUCACAAUUUCUGUUAAUACCCUCCCUUGUGCUAACAAUUCGUGCGAGGGUCCUAAUGGGACGCGACUCUCCGCCAGCGUGAACAACAUAAGCUUCGUGUCCCCAUCUAUCGAUAUUCUUCAAGCUUACUAUAAACACAUCAGCGGUGUUUAUGGAGCUAACUUUCCCAACUACCCACCGUUGGUUUUCGAUUAUACGGCUGAUUAUCUUCCGUUGGAGCUAGAGUUGCCGCAAAACGGGACGAAAGUAAAAGUACUGGAGUACAACUCGACGGUGGAGAUUGUUUUGCAAGGGACGAACUUGGUUGCGGGCACAGAUCAUCCCAUGCAUCUGCACGGAUAUAGCUUUUACGUGGUUGGGUGGGGAUUUGGUAAUUUUGACAAAGAUAAGGACCCAUUGGGUUAUAAUCUUGUAGACCCUCCUCUACAAAAUACCAUUGCUGUCCCUAAGAAUGGUUGGGCAGCCAUAAGAUUCAAGGCCAGCAAUCCUGGAGUUUGGUUCAUGCAUUGUCAUCUUGAGCGUCACUUAACUUGGGGAAUGGAGAUGGCCUUCAUUGUCAAGAAUGGUGAUCGUCCGGAAGACCGAUUAUUGCCUCCACCAAAAUACAUGCCACCUUGUUGAAGCUGUAACUUCAACUUUCCAUGUUGAAGCUUAAAUUUGUCCUUGAAUGCAAAUAAACUGUUGGCGUUCUUGGUGUGAUCGAUCAUUGAUUUGUUUCGAUUCAAAAUAUGUUCCUUUUAAAUAAAAAUAAUAAGGAUGCGCUGGAAAUUUUGCAAGGCUGGUGAUCAAUUUUUUU